CCCGCCCGCCGCACGCACGCGCACUGAGCCCAGCAUGAGGGUCGCGGCUCUGAUCAGUGGUGGGAAGGAUAGCUGUUAUAAUAUGAUGCAGUGCAUUGCUGCUGGGCAUCAGAUUGUUGCUUUAGCAAAUCUGAGACCAGCUGAAAACCAAGUGGGGGCAGAUGAACUGGAUAGCUACAUGUAUCAGACAGUGGGUCAUCAUGCUGUUGAUUUGUAUGCAGAAGCAAUGGGUCUUCCUCUCUACCGCCGCACCAUAAGAGGAAGGAGUGUGGAUACAGGACGAGUGUAUACCAAAUGCGAAGGUGAUGAGGUCGAAGAUCUCUAUGAGCUUUUGAAACUUGUUAAGGAAAAAGAAGAAGUAGAGGGGAUAUCAGUAGGUGCUAUACUUUCUGACUAUCAGCGUGUUCGAGUAGAAAAUGUGUGUAAAAGGCUUAAUCUCCAGCCUUUAGCUUACCUUUGGCAGAGAAACCAGGAAGAUUUGCUCCGAGAGAUGAUAUCGUCUAACAUUCAAGCAAUCAUCAUUAAAGUAGCAGCUUUGGGUUUAGAUCCAGAUAAACAUCUUGGAAAAACCCUGGAUCAAAUGGAACCUUAUCUCUUAGAGCUUUCUAAGAAGUAUGGAGUCCAUGUUUGUGGAGAAGGAGGAGAGUAUGAAACAUUCACUUUGGAUUGCCCUCUAUUUAAGAAGAAAAUAAUUGUGGAUUCAUCAGAAGUGGUCACACAUUCAGCUGAUGCAUUUGCACCUGUUGCUUAUCUACGCUUUUUGGAAUUGCACUUGGAGGACAAGGUGUCCACAGUACCUGACAACUACAGAACAUCUAAUUAUAUAUAUAAUUCUUGAAGAACAUUUUGAACAUUGUUUACUAAGCUGCCAUUUCUAUAUGAAAAAAACUACAUAACAUUUUCUCAACUAUUAUAUCGAGCUCAUUCUCUGCAUUUUUUAUUAGAAAUAUAUAUCUUUAUCAGAAGAAGUUAAUAGGAACAUUGAUGAUUGGGGAAAUGUGAAAGUCUCAUUCAUUAUCAUUGGUGACUUCCUCAGGAUUCACUUUCUCUGACUUUAGUUACCAUGUCCUAUCCAUGACCUGUACAUAAUAUGUGGUCUUUUUUCCCCUUUUACUUCAUCUCCAACUCUCAUUUCUGUAACAUUUAUUUUCUUUCAUCCCAUUGUUUUAUUUUUCUCCUUUUCUCUUUCCUGCUUUCAUUUCUGCCAGUUGUCUAAUGAUGCAGAGCAUUUGAAAAUCAGAAUGAAAAGGAAGUUUACUUAGCCAAUCAAGUUUAUUCUACUGGAUAUUACUGACAUGACUUGUCAUUUUUUGUUUCGAUAUAGUAUUCAUUUUAUCAACAGUAUUGGACAAUCAGGAAGAAUAUCAUGAGGUCUGAGUAUUUUAUAACAAUAAAUAAUGCAAUUUUUAUAUCCAA